AACACUCAGGUGAAGCAGGUUUCCUGACUUGGAGCCCACAUUGUGGUGGAUCAUUACAGAGAUGCAGCUGACUUUGACUCUUUCAGGCUCUGUAGGAAUGCAACUGUUGCUACUGGUGUCAAACUUGCUCCUUUGGGAGAAUGUGGCCUCCAAACCAACUUCCUUUGUGUCUACUGAAGACCUGUAUCACCGUGUGGUUGAACAGUCUCAUAAUACAUUUAUCCUGGCUGCAGAUGUAUACCGUGAAUUUGAUUUGAAUUUUGCCAAGAGAAGUUGGUUAAAAGACAGGAUACUUCCCCUGUGUCAUACUGCUUCCAUCCAUACGCCAGAGAAUCGAGAGGAAGUCCAUGAAACUAAAACUGAAGAACUUCUGAAAGCAAUAAUCAAUGUUUCAAUUUCCUGGGAAGAACCUCUGAAACACCUGGUGUCUGCAGUAACUGCUCUUCCAGGGGCAUCUGUUAGUAUGGGGAAAAAAGCUGUUGAUUUAAGGGACAAAAAUCUUCUAAUUCUGGAGGGACUUCAGGCAAUAUACAAUAGGACUCAGGCCAACAUUGAAGAAAAUGAAAAAUUUGACUACCCCGCAUGGUCUGGACUUGAAGACUUGCAGUCAUCUAAUGAAGACACUCAUCUUUUUGCCAUUUAUAACCUGUGCCGCUGCAUAAAAAGAGACAUCCAUAAGAUUGACGCUUAUAUGAAAGUCUUGAGGUGCCGAGUCGUCUUUAAGAAUGAGUGUUGAAUGCACACGCUGCAAAGUCCUGCCAGUAUGGUCUUUGUUUUACCAGACUUGUAAUGCUGUAUUUCCUUUAAGUACAUUCAGAGAUGUAAUGGAAUUUUUUUUCAUAAAAUAAAAU